CAACAGGAUUAAUUUAAUUCAUAAUCGCUCUGAGAUAAAAAGUGCAAUGGUAAUCUCAUAGUUUAUGGAUAGUAUUCCUAAAAUUAAAAUUCCAAUUAAUAUCACAGCGAAAUUUUUAUUGUAAAGACAUAAAGCAAUAAAAAUGCAAGGCGAAAAAUCAUUCUUUUCGAAGAGAAAACCCAAUAAAAAUCUUUAAAGAAAACAGAGACCAGAGGCAUACAUUAAAAAAUCAUAAACUAUUUGUUUGUGGUUAUGGAAUGAGAAUCUUUAGACAUAGAUUAUAACUACCUAGUCUCUUUAUCUGUGAAGAGAAUGGAUGAGAAACUGCCAAAUGUCAAACAAGAUUUGUAUGUAUUUGUAAACAAUUAUAAAUUUUAUGACUCGACGUAACUCAUCAAUCAUAUUUAAACAAAUAUGUACUUACCUAAGUUACUCAUAAUCACAAACUCGUUAGUAAGGUAAAAAGAAAAUAGCUGUGAAAACUACUUAUUGGAUAAUAUUAGAUCAUAUGGAGAUAAAAUGCAUGGAUCUCGAAGAGUGAUAACUUUUUGUGUAUUGACUGCUAUUCUUCCAACAAUACUCAUAGUUUUGCCAUUAUAUUUACGAAAUAUGAAAUAUGCAGAUGUCAUGUAUAAAAUUUCAGACUCUGAUGUUAUUCAAAUUCACAAAGGUCAAUCAUCAGUAUUUUGUGAGAAACAUUCCUUAACAAUGAAUACAACAUUUAAUGCAUUCCAAAUGAAAGGAAAACCAGAAUUAUCAAAUAAAAGAAAACACAUAAGACUAAGAAAAUCAAUGACAUUACCAGAUGACACUUUGGAAUAUUGGGGCUUUUAUCUCUUUAAAGGUGCUACUGUUGAAUUGAAAGCGUGCUCUCGUUAUGAGGGUUCAAAGAUACUAGUUGUCAAAGGAGAUAAAAUAUUAAACACUUGUGGUAUUCUAGAAGGUGAUAAAUAUAAAAAAUCUCAUCCUACUAUAGAAAGCCAAGGACAUGUUUUAGUAACUUUAGAGAAUCCUAAAGAGAAGCAAAAUAAAUCAUACAAUCAAACAUCUGAAGAUAAAAGUGAAAAUGGAGAGUUGAUUGACAAUGAUAAUGAUGAAUUUAUAGACAAUACUGAUGUUUUUAGUUUUGCAGCAAAAAAGAAGAAUAAUUCAAUUGAGAUAGGCCAAUUUAAUACAACUGAAAUGACACAAACACGAAAGAAGAGAGAAACAAACCCAAAAAAAAUACAUAAUCCAAACACCAUACUGGACACUGGGGUACAUCAUGGUGGAAAUGCAUUUAAUAAUACUAUCAAAACUCAAGAUAGUUCUGUUUCCAGUUUUGAAAAUAGUUUACAUGAAUGUUAUCAUAAUAAUAUGCUUAUCAAUAAUUUUUUCCCAUUUUCUAUUCAGUGCAACAGCACAAAGUAUUUAGAAAAAACAACCACUCUCAAAGUGAUUCAUGAUGUUCUAGUUGAUGGAUAUUUUUAUUACAUAUUUUAUAGUGAUAAUGAUUUCGUACUCAAUGAUAUUCAUGCGAUUUUUGACAUUUAUAAACCAACAUUCCAGUAUACAAAUAUGUCAGAAUCUAAAGUUUGUAUAAAUAAAACUCAAUGUGAAUUCAAUGUUGGCUUUUUUAGUGAUGAAUUGGUUAUUGUAGAAGUGCCUACAAAAGAUGGUUUAACUUACGAUGAUGAUGAUUCUUCUAUUCUAGUAUCAGUAUGUCACCCUCGAAUGUCUGUUUAUAUAUUAUUUCCCAUCUCUGUACUUUUACUUAUUUUACUUUUUGCAUUCUUAUGAUACUUGUGUAAAGUAUUAUUCCAUUAUUUUAUAAUUAAAAUAAACUUUACCAGAGAUGUGAUAUUAAUUUAUUAAGAUAAUUAUCUGCUUUGUAAGUAUAGGUAUAAUAUACAUAUUGUGACUUUAUUAUUCUUAAUGUUGACUUACAAUAUACGAAAUGUUGUUCAAUGU